CUGACUCAGGUUGAGAUGCGAUACGUACUAGGUUUAUCCCUGUUGGAAGUCAGCUAUGCGAACAAGUGGCUGAUCUGUUUGCUCCAGGCUGGGAACUUGGUGAGCGAGUCUACUAUUCGAGUCAGAGAGAUGAUCGAGUUGAUGGAAUUGAGAGAAGAACUCCUUCGAGUCCCGCCAUUCGUACAUCGUUCUCACGUUGUGACAGACCACUCCCAGGAAUUCAGAUCCCAUUCUCCAUACUCCGGAUCGCCCCCUUGCAAAUUUAAAAGUCUAGAUGCCCAAGUUUCAUCCCCCACAGCUAACCGGAUUUACAUCACCACGCAGGAUACUCCGGCGUUGAGAAGAUUUGUAGGUUUAUACAGUUUAUACCUCGGGUACGUCCUCAUUUUGGCAGUGGAUACGAUGUAUAUCUACAAAUCGACACCACUCCCGUCAUGGCAAGAGUCUUGUCUGGAAUCUCGCUUUCGAUCACCUAUCGGGGAUAAGUUGCGGGAUCUAGCAGCCGCUAUCCAAGCUUUAACUUUGCUAAGGCCAGCCCGCUGCGUCAAAUGACAGGGAACCCGGGAACCUUGUCGCAAUUCCACAGCUGGAGGCUACUUUCCAUGUCUGGCUUGAAUUUCAAUGAAAUUACUCCUGCCUAGAGCGGUUUAUACGUGGUGGAACUUCGCUUCCGAGGACGAGGAAUGAGGAUGGGCAUCUAUCUUCGUAUUCAGAACUCAAGUGCUUGUCUCGAUUCUCGGC